AUGCAGACUGCUUCUACAAACAUUUUUGAAAGAAUGGGUCGCCCUCAGGAGCUCAGUGAAUUCAAGCGUGGUACUGUGAUAGGUUGCCACCUGUGCAAUAAGUCCAUCCGUGAAAUUUCCUUGCUACUAAAUAUUCCACAGUCAACUGUUAAUGGUAUUAUAACAAAGUGGAAGCAACUAGGAAUAACAGCAACUCAGCUACAAAAUCAGGGGUCAGCACAUGCUGAAGUGCACAGUGCGUAGAAGUCACCAACUGUCUGCAGAGUCAGUAGCUAAAGACCUCCAAACUUCAUGUGGCCUUCAGAUUAGCACAACAACAGUGCACAGAGAGCUUCAUGGAAGGGGUUUCCAUGGC